AUGGGAAUUAUUAUAUUAUGGAAUCUUUAUUAUGCGAAUGAAGAAUAUUGGUUUACAUUUGUUGUUAUAUCAGUUUCCAUAUUUAUGAUUCAAGUUCUUUUGGGAUUAUUUUCAUUUUGGUUUAAUGAAUUUUAUUAUAUUGUAUCAUGUUCACCUGAAAAAGAUAUAAAAAUUGCGACACAUGCUUUAGUUUCACCAACUACAAAUAAUGGGUGGUCUGAAAUUGUUCCUAUCAGAAGGACACAUCUUAAUAAUGGGAAAAUAAAAACUUGGCUAGAUUUUCAAAAAGUUAUAUAUAUUUAUGAUAGUGAUAAAAAAAGAUUUAAUCAAUUAACUUUUGAUAAUAAUAGAUCUUUUAGUUAUUUUAAUUCAUGGACUGGAUUAACUUCGGAUGAAAUUAUUAAUGAAACAAAAUUAAAAUAUGGUGAUAAUAAAAUGGAAAUGGCUGUUCCUUCAUUUAUGGAGCUGUUUAUUGAAAGGGCCACAGCACCUUUUUUUGUUUUUCAAGUUUUUUGUGUCGGUUUAUGGUGUUUGGAAGAUUUAGUAUAUUAUUCAUUAUUUACCUUAAGUAUGUUGGCAAUGUUUGAAAUGUUAAUUGUAAAACAACAAAUGAUGAAUAUGACAAUGAUAAGAAAUAUGGGAAAUAAACCUUUUUUAGUUGAUGUUUAUAGAAAUAAAAAAUGGAUAAAAAUUCAUUCUGAUCAAUUACUUGUUGGUGAUUUAAUUUCAAUAGGUAGAAGCUCAAAUGAUAAUAAUGUACCGUGUGAUUUAUUACUAUUACGUGGAAAUUGUAUUUUGGACGAAUCAAUGUUAACAGGUGAAAGUGUACCUCAAAUGAAGGAAUCUAUACAAAAUUUAGAACAAGAAAGACAUUUUAAUUAUCAAACAGAUAUGAAACUUCAUGUUCUAUGUGGUGGAACUAAAAUUGUUCAACAUACAAAUGAAAAUACAAAAAGUGGUAAUGUUCCAAAAGUACCUGGUGAUGGAGUUUUGUGUUAUGUAUUACAGACAGGUUUCAGUACAUCACAAGGUUCUUUACUAAGAACAAUUUUAUUUGGUGUUAAAAGAGUUACGGCAAAUAAUCUUGAGACUUUCGCUUUCAUUCUCUUUUUAUUAAUUUUUGCAAUUGCCACAGCUAUUCAUCUUUGGAAAACUAGAAGUUUAGAACCAGAAUUUAAUAAAUUUCAAACUCUUGUUGAAUGUUCAUUGAUUAUUACUAGUGUUGUACCUCCAGAACUUCCUUUGGAGUUAUCACUAGCUGUAAAUAAUUCAUUAGUAGCUUUACAUAAACUUGGAAUAUUUUGUACUGAACCUUUUAGAAUUCCUUUUGCUGGAAAGAUUGAUGUUUGUUGUUUUGAUAAAACUGGUACUUUAACAACUGAUAAUCUUGUUGUUGAUGGUAUUGGAAUGAUAAAUGAAGAUAAAAGUGUUUCUUUAAAAACUAAAGAUGACUUGGAUGAUAUAACAUUAAGGGUAUUAGCUUCAUGUCAUUCAUUGGUAAUGUUUAACAAAGAAUUAGUUGGUGAUCCUUUAGAGAAAGCAACAUUAAAUUGGAUAAAAUGGGAUAUUGUCAAAAAUGAUUUAGUUUCACCAAGUAAUGGUAAAACUUCUGCUAUUAAAAUUUUCCAAAGAUAUCAUUUUAGUAGUCAACUUAAAAGAAUGACUGUUAUCUCCGGAUAUACACCACAAGGUAGUGAACCAGUUAUGAUGACUGCUGUUAAAGGUGCACCAGAAGUAUUACAACAUAUGUUUACUACUGUUCCAGAAGGAUAUGUUGAAGGAUAUAAAUCGCUUGCACAAAAGGGAUACCGUGUACUUGCGUUAGGCUAUUCAAAUUUAGGAAAUAUAGAUAAAAAUAAUAUUAGACAUAUUUCAAGAGAUGAUUUAGAAAGAGGAUUAACAUUUGCUGGUUUUCUAGUUAUUUCUUGUCCAUUAAAAAAAGACACAAAAGCUAUGAUUAAAGAAAUAAAAGAAUCAGGACAUAGUGUUGUAAUGAUAACAGGUGACAACCCAUUAACUGCAUGUCAUGUAUCUAGAGAAUUAAAAUUUACUGAAGAAGGUAAAGAAAUAAUGAUUUUACAAAAAGAGGAUGAGAAAUGGUAUUGGAAGUCUGUUGAUGAAACUAAAAAAAUGGAAAUGAAAAAUAAUUCUCCUAAUUUUUUCAAUCUUCAUGAAUUAUGUGUUACUGGAAGUGGUUUUGGUCAUUUAUACAAUCAAGAACGUAAAUUUUUAGGAAGUAUUUUAAAAUAUAUAAAAAUAUACGCUCGGAUGGCACCAAAACAAAAAGAACAAGUAAUAAAUGAAUUAAAAAAUCAAGGUUAUGUUACUUUGAUGUGUGGUGAUGGAACUAAUGAUGUUGGUGCAUUAAAACAUUCUCAUGUUGGAGUUGCCCUUUUAUCACAUCCUUUCGAUGCUACAAAAACAAAUGCUGAAGAUCUUUCAGUAUCUAAACCAAAACCUGUAGCACCUCCUCAAAUUCCAGAAUUUUUAAGAAAACGUUUACCUCCUGAUCAUCCAUAUCAUAAACAAAUGAAUGAUCAACAGAAAAAGUUUCAAAAAUUAAUUGAAGACUUGGAAUCAGAAGAACCUUCUGUUGUAAAACUUGGAGAUGCUUCUAUUGCAGCACCUUUUACAUCUAAGUUUACAUCAAUUGCUUCUAUUUGUAAUAUUAUAAAACAAGGAAGAUGUACUCUUGUAGUUACAUUACAAAUGUUUAAAAUUCUUGCUUUAAAUGCUUUGGUAUCGGCAUAUUCACAAUCAGUAUUAUAUUCAUCUGGUAUACGUUCUUCCGAUUACCAACAAACACUUCAAGGAAUGCUUUUAGCUGCUUGUUUUUUGUUUAUAACACGAUCAAAACCAUUAAAAACAUUAUCAAGAGAAAAACCAAUGCCAAAUAUUUUCAAUCUAUAUACUAUUUUAACUGUAUCUUUUCAAUUUUGUGUUCAUUUUCUUUGUCUAUUAUAUAUUGUUGAUCUUGCUUCAAUAUAUGAUCCACCAACAGAGAAAGUAACAUCAGAAACAAAAUUUAAACCUUCAUUAUUAAAUUCAUCUGUUUACCUUCUUGGAAUGACAUUACAAAUAUCAACAUUUAUUGUUAAUUAUAGGGGUCGACCAUUUAUGGAAAGUUUAAUUGAAAACAAACCUCUUUUAUACAGUAUAAUUGCUGCAACUAGCGUUGUAUUUACUUUGGCUUCUAAUGCAGCACCAGAUAUGACUAAUUAUUUUGAACUUGUGCAAUUUCCAGAUGAUUUUCGAAAUAAAUUGAUUAUUGUUUUAAUUGCAAAUAUUGGAGUAUGUUAUAUUAUUGAUACUAUUUUAAAUUUCAUCUUUGGAGAUGCUCGUCCAAAAAAACAUAGAUUGUGA